CCGCUUGACUGUCGAGGUCCUUGAUGAGCUUCCCCACCUCUCCGAGGCAGAGGGCGGCUGCAAGGAGCAGGCGGCGACAGUGGAGAUGGUGGCCGGCGAGAACACCUUCCCCGAUGUCCCCCACGGCCUCGCCAGCACCGCCUCCGUCGGCGAAGUCCCCGACUUCUUGGAGGAUGGGGUGCAGGACAACGGCCCCAAGGUCGGCCUGGCAGCGGCCAUGCUGGGGGACGCCGACCCCUUCUGGGGGGUGGCGGCCUCCCCCUCGCAGGACCCCAAGGGGCAGCAGGGUGGGGUGGCAGCAGACCUCCCCACCCGGCUGCCCCCGAGCCCCUCGGAGGCUGCUGAGGAGGAGAGCUCCCUGGAGACUUCCGAGGAGACUUCAGAGGCCCGUCCUGCGGAGAGUCCCUGGAAGGAUCCCCCGCAGGGUCUUCUGGAGAGUGCCCUGCUGAGCCCCCUGCGCAUCCCGCUGCUGAGCCCCCCGGCCAGCCCCCCGGCUGCCCCCCAGUGUCAUCCGCCCCUCAGGGCCCCACUGGUGGGGGAGGCGCUGCGGAGGCAGCCCCGGGGGGGUUGGACCCACUUGCCGCACAGGGACAGCGCAGCGGUGGGCAGCAGCAAGCGCAGAGCAUCCCGACGGCAGCAGCGUGCCCACCAAGCGAGCCAGAGCCCUGAGGGACCCCACGGGGCAGAGUGCCCCACACCCCCCCGGCCGCUUCUGACAGCUGGGCACAGAAGCUGUGGGGCACAACCCGUGGGACAUGCGACCCGCACACCCGCCUCCGUUCCCAGCCCCAGCCCUCUCCCAUCUCUCUCUUUCCUUCUUCAGUCAUUAAAGGUGUCCUGGAUUGAGUGA